UUUUAGUCAGUUUUAACAACUGGCAGCCGCGAUUCGGUUGUUGCAUUGCAGGUUGUUGAUGUAGUUGGUGUUGGUGUCAAGUCUAAGUUCAAUAAAAUGACGCAGUUGUCGGACGCGCAGUUUCAAAUACUAAUCGAAACAAUCAAAUCAUUGGCACCUCAAAAGACUGAGCAGGAGGAACCUCAAUCCAAGGGAAGCUUCAGCAAUUGCCCAGUUCGAUUCAGUGGACAACGAGAUCAUGACGCUGUCGAUGAAUUUAUAACAGCGGUUGAGACAUACAAGGAGGUUGAGGGAAUCAGCGAUAAAGAUGCCUUGAAGGGCAUCUCACUACUUUUCAGCAACAUUGCAAUCACCUGGUGGAAGGGCGUGCGACGUGAAGCAACGACGUGGGAUGAUGCACUGCAGCUCCUUCGUGAUCACUUUUCGCCCACAAAGCCAUCUUAUCAAAUCUAUAUGGAGAUCUUCGAGACAAAACAAGGAUCCACCGAGGCGAUCGAUACCUUUAUCUGCAAGCAACGCGCUCUCUUAGCCAAAUUACCAGAGGGACGACACAACGAAGAGACGGAACUUGACUUCAUUUAUGGACUUAUGCUGCAAAAGUACAGAGAGCGUAUUCCUCGCCAUGAAGUUAAAACAUUUCGCGAACUCCUCGAGCGUGGUCGCAACGUGGAGCGUACAAGACAAUAAACUUUAGAUUCUUUCUGAACCUAACAAACAAUGGCUAUGAUUUAGUUAAGUUGUAUUACGUGUAGUUAGACUUCUUUGUUAUUUAAAUAAACUUAUAUGCAUAAGACGAAAAAAUAUUUGUUUUAUUUCCUAAGAAAGCGUGUCGCAACGGACAUCUUAGAUUCGUUCUUACCCAAAAUAUGUAUGACUAGAAGUGGAAGUAUCAUCUGUCAAAUAUAUGAAAACAGUUUUGUUCUAAUUUAUAUUAUGAAUUUAUUUUUAAGUUAUUUUAUUUCCUAUCCAUUUCCUGAAAUAAAUAAAUGUUUCCCAUUCCAGCCCAUGCCCAAUAAAAAGAAAUCAGCAAAAUUGUUUUUUUAGUUUUAGUUUUGUAUUUGAUUUUUUCUGGGUUCAGUCUUUGUUUUGUUUCUGUUGUGUUUGAUCAUUAACAACCUCUUGUGGUCAUCCAUAGGCCCCCAGUAUAAUGAUGAUCACAAUGGCCAAGUAAGCGCACUGUCAUAUCAUCGGGGAGUGCGGGUCCAAGUUUGUUACAGCGCGUGAGUGGCCAGUGCUCCGUAUUCUGGCCCGCUAAACAACAAGGGCCAAUAUAUACCGAUGUAGAUGUUGAUGGUACUACGCGCCUAUUAAUUCUGCACAAGAGGUUGCAUUUACAAACGUGGUGGGUUCAGGGCAGUCGCCACAUGCUGGAGCUGCUGGGCGGCGACGAAUCCAAGAACCCUUU